AUGACUCCUUGUCUAAUUCCAGACGAUAAAUUGCCAAUCAUUCUUGCUGUCGUCAUACCUAUUGUUGUGCUUGCUGUCUUUGCUGGAGGCUUCGCUUGGUGGAUGUGGAGGAGAAAUAAGGACAAGAAGAUGGCGAACCAGGGUGACUAAAAAAGUUAUAUAACUAAAGAAAUUUGUUAGAGCCCUCUGUGCUCAAUUUACGAAACAAGCACUACAGGCGAAAUUUUGGGAAGGAUUUCGUACAAACCCCAACAUUUAUAAUGCAUGCUGUAAUUUUAAACCUUUUCACACAAAUAGCUUACAUACAUCGCUGGAAACAUCUAUGCAUAAUAAAUGUAUGGGGAUGUACGGAUAUAUCACCAGAAUUUAAUUCCCUUAAUUCCUAAAGCACUGCUAGGUAAUUAUAGACUUCGCUGUUAUAAGCUGGUAAAUUUUAAGAAUAAAAUUUCUAGACUAUCAAACUAACAAAACCGUGAACAUCUCGGAAAUAUUUGAAAACUGUUUAUUGUGAUGGCGACCAAUCACAACAUGGUUCAGGACACACUUACAUGCCACAGGACCACAGUCUAAUUAAAGAACAGGAAGCUCUGUGGAAGUUCGUUUGCAUUUAAAUUUAAAGAGAAUGUAUGAGAACAAACAAAAUGGGUUCUAAAUUCCGCUUUUUUAAUUUUUGAAAAGAUUCGAAUUAAAAUGGCUCACCUGUUUGCUCUGUAUGUUACAGAUCAGUUCGCUUCUCGAGUCAUUUAGAAGCCAUUUUGGCGAGUUUUUGACUUUUGAGUUGUACGUACCAUAAAAAAAGGGAAAAGUGGUCAUGCUUCAGCAUUUUACUCCUCAUUGAUGUCGAGUAAGUGUCGAGUUAGUUCGAAGUAAAUCAUUAAUAUGCACAUGGGUCGAGUCCGUAACGUCACUCACUGUUAUAAUUUAGGGGAAAAGUGCGUUCCUCCAUAUGUAAUAGGUGCGUUCCUCCAUUCUUAUUAAGUGCCCUCCUCCAUAUAUAGUGAAGUGGAUAGGUUUAUUAAUGAGCGAAUACUACAAUAGGCACAAUAGGCUCGCCUCGACUUGCCCGUUAAGUAACUUGAGCCCGGUUUUCGGACCGUCUAUUAAAGGAAAAUAGGAGCAAUCACCUAGCAACGCAAGAAACGGCUUCUUAUAUCUUAUUUAGCGCUAAAACUCGGAUACAUCUACAAAACACACGCACAUAUACACAAACGCAACGUAGUUAUUACGUAUGGAAGAACGCACUUUUCCCCUAAGCUAUAACAAUGGGUGACGUCAUGGACUCGACCCACAUGCAUAUUAAUGAUUUACUUCGACCUAACUCGACACUUACUCGACACCAAAGAGGAGUAAAAUGCUGAAGCAUGGCUACUGGGAAACGUCCCUUACCUGAAUAAACGGGAGGGUUAUUUAUUAUAACAGAGAUGUAAAGUAAUCAUACCAUAGUACAGAAGAGAAACGUAGGCCUCUUAUAAAACUAGUUUUUUUGCAGACUUUUGGAAUGUUAUGGAGGACAUUUGUCUUAACCAAAAACCGUUAAAAGGCGUUACAAAACAAAAACAAAAAAAGGGAUGAAAAGAAAAAAGCCAAGUUGAUCUGUUGUGGAAAUUCAACGCCUGGCAUGGAUGGCAAAUUGUUGUCUUUUUUAUAUAAAUCUGACCUGUCCGAUUUGCGCCGAGAUAAUUAGCGACGGAAUCAAAGCUCAACCUUAAAAGCAUUCCUCCACUAAUAUCCAGUCGAGCUACCUUAACUAACGGCGUUGUUACUUUAACACCCUGCUAAGUCUAACCUUUUAAUUCUCUUAUAGGGAUAGCAAAAGGAGGAAGGUAAUCUCAUGUUUUGGUGGUAGCUUCAGUAUUCGCAAUUAGUCCCUUGAUUAAUCCGACAAAAAUAAGACAUUUGACUAGUACUCUUCUUGGCAUCGUUAUCUUCGAGCAAUGUUAAGUCAUUUGGUAAUAUUUUUCCCCAGAGACAAAACAUUUUACAUUUAACGUCAAAUUACUUAAUUCUUAUAUGUGGACGCAACGUGGCUGAGUGGUUAGAGCGCUGGACCAACCUGACCGCUAGCUGGAUUUGUUCUCGGUAGUCCCGAGUGCGGUUUGUCGGCGUCGCAUGUGAAAAAGCCAACUGGUUUACCUGCUCUAAUUUGGAAUUCUGAACAUCGUUAUGUUGCCUUUCAAUUAUUUGCUUAACGCUCAUUAUCUCUUAAAAGGAAAACUAGAGGUCAAGAUGUGUACACUUUUUUAUUUCCAAAAAUGACGCAAAUAUAACUGUAAUCACUCAUUUAAAAAAAAAGAGAGCGAACGUCGAGCUUGCAUAUAUGUAUUCUAAUUUACUGUUUUGUUGAACCCUUUUAGGCUGUAUGCUACUACAUGUGAAAAAACAGGAGAAUUCGAUGUAUGUUUCAUGUCAAAUAGCUAAGAAAAAUAACACAUCAUAUACCCAGUGCAAAAAUGGGUCAUGUAGCAGCUGCUCGGAAGAGAAGGUAGCAAUGGUGCGUUUUCCUGACCCCCCAAAAAACACUAAAACAAUUCGAAGAAUGACACGUCGUUGUUUCCUGCGACCAAUUAGGAGAGACCUUACGGGUUACGAGCAGCUCCUACACUAUCCCCAUAAAUGGCUGCUCGAUUACAUGUAAUAUUCGUUUAGUCAAAUUCAAAUUAGCCUGAUUAACCUCCCCUGAGAUAAAGUAUUCUUUGGAGUUUUGCACUUAAAAACAAGGCUAGUACGGCUAAUUUGAAUAUAAAAAAAAAGGAAUAUGUCAGUUAAUUUUAAGAUUGUUUCCCGUAAUUUGAGUGCAGUAAAUGCGCAUUUUUGAUAAAGCUGCCUAAAUAUCAGCCAAGUUUCCGUUUCUGCGGAAAGAGCAAGGCUUGUAAUCCUAAAAGUAGUAUAGUAAAUUAAUCUCAUUAACGAAUAUAUUAACAUCGAUCAUCUCAUAGAUUUUUGAUUUUGUCUUUUGCAUAAAAAGCGGUGGAAUACCAUAUAUCUUCUUUCUAGCCUUUCUAGUCUGCUGAUAGGAGAUUGUUAAAAGUGGUUUCCAGUGUUCAUGUGUGACAAUGCUCCUUAAUCGUGACACCAAAGAAAGCCCUCUUUUAUGUAAUUUCUCUUUUCGAGGAUCUGGUGUGUGUACGAUCACAUGUAGGGCAAAUCUUGUAAUCAUUCAGAUGCGUACAAGUUAGAAUUCACAUGGACUUUAAGAGGGAAAGAUGGUCGUCCUUUUAGAGCAACCACUCUCUUUGGGUUCCUUGGCUUCACUACCAUUCGCAGAAACUAUGCCAGAAACAUGGCUGCAAAGAAUAUAGAAAUGGGGUGGUGGUCGUGGUGCCUGAACGUAUGUUAAUGAAGAUUUUCCCGCAUUUUUUUUUUCCUGAGAUAAAGAAAAAAGUUACGAUAUCUUGUGUUGGCGUAUCAUUCCUCAAUUUUUUGAGAUUUCUCUCCGAAAACGCGGUAAAACAUCCCUACUCCUGAGAUGGCCUCAACUCGCCCUCUUUGGGUAAAACGUGUUUCAUUUGGACAGAUCUGAGUGCUAGGCAUAUAGUAAAGUAUAAUUAGCUUCUGUAGACUAAGUCAGGUUAAUUGAAAGAGGCUGUCCUUUUUCUUUAAGUUAUUUAUUCACUUGAAUGUCGUGUAGACAACAACCUAUCCGGCGAAAACAUCCGUUUCUCAUCGCUCUUCGCCACUGGGGACGUUUCGCGAGGAGGAAGGUCUGCGACUCAGCGGUAGAAAUUCCAUACUGAUGGCGCAAAUCAAUGUUUACAUAAUAAAUCCGGUAGUCAUGGGGUUCCAAAUAUAAAUUUGUCCAAUUUUACGUGUCUUCUGGUCUAUUUUGGUAAACUGUUGUGUUCAUCUGCCAACGAGUUCAGCAGACCUCGAAUGCUUCUUCUCGAAGAGAGUAUAUUCCACAAAUAUUGACUGUUUUGAUAUUGAUUCUGCGGGUUUGCAUUUGACCUUCGUGGCCUUUUAUCUUUUGUCCGUCAUUCGUAAACAAUAGCUAAAACAAUGAAACUACCCCGUCGACCAAUCAGCUCUUCUGAUCGGAUUCUGGACAGAUUUUACGUCAUCACUAUGGAAUUUCUGUCGCUGAGUCGGAGAUGUUCCUCCGCGCGAAACGUCCCCAACGGCGAAGAGCGAAGAGAAACGGAUGUUUUCACAGGCUAACAACAAUCGUAUGAAGAUAAAUCUGAAGUCAACCGUCGUUUUGCAGCGUUUAUUUUAGAUAUAUUGAACCGGGGCGACUUAAAAAAAGUGUUGUUGAAUGGAGAUACCUGAUAAACAGGUGAAAAACGUCGCAAUAAAUUAAAAAUGUGACCAUAUUCGUGAGGCAAAUGAUUAACGCGAGCGUAACAGUACAAUAUCUCUGUACAAAAAUUAGAGUUGAAAAGAUUACGAGGUUUUUCGGUUCUGUUCUGGUUAUCGUUUUACAGUUGUUCCUUUGCUUGAUAUUUUGUUAUUUUUUUGUUUUAGUCCUGUUUCAUUUUUGCGUUAGUGAAAUCAAAAGAAUGGUACGAUUCUCAUAAAAGGUGGAUAUCGACAAAAAAGCAAACAGUCAAGUUUAGUGGUCUUUUCUCGUUUAUUUAAGGCUACCGUGCAAGUGGAUAAUCGUAAACCAGAACAAAUUUCCAUGAGACAAAUGACUUCAGAGGUUUCGUCUGGACAUUAUAUGCCACUGGUUAAGGAACGCCAAUCAUCUGGCUCACCGAAAGUCAUUCCGUCAGUUGACGCUUCAUCAUUAAGCCAGUAUGAACCUUUAAACCCAUCAUCAAUUUCUUACGAGAUUCUUCGCCAGAACGUGAUUAUUGAGAAGAUAAUUGGCAAAGGUGCUUUUGGUCAGGUUGCCAGGGGAAAGGUUAAAGGCCUACGUGAAAGACAACAUGUCACACAGGUGGCUGUCAAAAUGUUAAAAGGUACAAGAUAGCUUGAUUAAUCACUGUGUAACUGAUAAUGUACGAAUAGGCUAACGGGAAAAUAAAGGAAUGUAACACAAACGAUUCACAAUGAAAACGCUCUUUACCUCACCUUUCAGCUGACGCGCCGGACUCCGACAGGAAGGAUUUGUUAUCAGAGCUUGAGGUGAUGAAGACGUUAAAGCCUCAUCCGCACGUCAUCAAACUGCUUGGAUGCGUCACCGAAUCUGGUAGGUUAUUUUUUACGUAAGCUGUCUUUAGUCACCAAUUACUAUGCUGCAAGUAAAGGGUCAUUCCUGUUAUUUUAAUUGUACCUUUUUCAGUCUGAGUCAAGUCUCUUUGUCCGUGAAUGACUAAAUGAAUACAUCGUUUUUUACUCAGAGCCCUUGUUCGUCUUGAUCGAGUAUGUUCCGUACGGGGAUCUCCUGGGUUACCUGAGAAAGAGCCGUGGAUUAAACGACACUUAUUUCAAAGACCCAGAUAUCAAACCACAAACAAGUCUGACGUCACAACAGUUGAUGAAGUUUUCCUGGCAAGUUGCCGAUGGAAUGAGUUACCUCUCAUCGAGAGCGGUGAGCUAAAAUAUUUGACUAUUAUGUAUUCAAAGUCUGGUUUAGGCUGUCUCCAUUUUACCAAGAAAAAUUAGAUACAUACUAACAGUGAAGAACACACUCAGGUCCCCUCACUUUCAGCUACGUCUGCUUUUGCGUUUUGAUAAACCCCCUCGACAAUGGCGAUUUCAUAAAACUUAUUUCCGGCUGGACUGAUGUAGAUGAAAAAUGUAAAAUGAAAAAUGUGUGAAAUGAAAUCUCACAUUGCAGAUUAUUCAUCGAGACCUUGCCGCUCGAAAUGUUCUGGUUGGAGAAAAUGAAACUUGUAAAGUGACAGACUUUGGAAUGGCAAGAGAUGUGCAAGAACAAAAUAUUUAUGAAAGGAAGACAAAGGUUUGUAUUAUAUUGGAAACAAACCUACAGUAUAGGACUGGCACGCAAUCCUUUCCAAUCCACAUUACCUGUGGAGGAAAAUACGUAAGGUUUUGUUGAUUAUGUCCUUGCUUUCUAGGUUUCAUGCUUUAAGAGUUGCUCCCAAAACUAUUGGCCACGAAGUUAGGGCAGUGUGCGUAAAGCUGAUAAAACAUUUGACAAUCCUAAAAAAGCAUAAGAGACUAUUUUGCCGGCGGUCACGAAAACAUGGGAUUACAUUGCAUAUUUUAGGUUUUUAUGCUUGUCUGAGUGUGGUGAUAUAAAGACGUCCUUUGCCAAGCAUAAAUUUUUAAUUCAGCUGCAUAUAAAAGAAGAUUGCUAACUUUAUAUACCUGAUAAAAGUCUUAGAGAACGGCUAAGUUGCAGUGAAAACUUUUUUCGGUUUUGUUCUCCACACUAAGACAGGAAGAAAGGGUAAAAAACAAAGUUGCGUGUAAACGAAGCCUGAGUUUUAUUUUUGCAGCAACCGAUUAUUGUAAAAAUUUAAGAUGGCUUUCUGACCUUUUAUUUCUGAGUAUAUUUUUCUACCGAUUCGGACUUUCUUUUUUGCUAAGAUACAGGGAAGCAAGGAAGUACAUUACUUUCUCAUCAUCUUUCACUUCCGCCUACUUUUUGCCAACACGCUAUUCCAUGUUCGUCGUCCAUUUUUCUUAUGGUCAUUUACUUUGUUGAUUUGUAGGGUCGUUUACCAGUGAAGUGGACCGCAUAUGAAGCCCUGCUUUACGGACGAUACACUACCAAGAGCGACGUGUAAGAAAACUUUCUAUAUAUGCAUUAAUAAUAGGGUAUUUGCAGAACAGAAGCUCGUCAUCGCGUCACGUGAGAAGGAGGAAGCAUGCAACACGGUUAAUGUCACUGGGUUAACCAGCGUCAAUGACGCAAAACUAUCCCUCUCCCAUCUCUAAACUAGAAGUGAAAAAAAUGUGUAUUACGUGUAAAGAACCGCAGCACUUUUUUAUUUUUAUUUAUUUAAAUUGUAACCGCAGAUAUGUGUCUUUUUGUCUUCAUAGGUGGAGCUAUGGAGUCUUGCUUUACGAGAUAUUUACAAUUGGUAAGGUUGUAUAGCUAUUAACUUACUGUGGUUUUCGAAGUUUUUGCUAAAACAUAGAGAAUGUUCCGAAAGAAGAAAGGUAUUACGUUUUAACAUAGUUUAGAGCUCAAGAAUGCAUAUAUUAUUUGUAUAUAUUUGUGUUUUCCGCGCAAGUCGCCAUCGAUAACUUGCUGCCUACGUUAGAACCCCGAGCAGUGCCAAAUGUGAUAAUGGCGAGCAACAAGAGCGCUGACCUCAUAAAUGUCGUGAACAAAAAUCGGAAGUUGGCUGCUUUGCUUGACAGGACGCUGCUUUCUAACCCAAGGAUUUUGAAAGCCUUUCUUUUAACACAUAUUCGUGACCUUGAGUCAGAUCACCGCUCAAGUAGUUAAGUGGUUUAUCUCUGGAAAAUGGUUUAUUCGCUAUAACUUCGGUAAAGAUGAUGGCGCUGUAUCAAAUUUUGGCACACAUAUAGAACUCAUCGCCUUCAACAUUUUAUAGCAAAUAGUGUGUUAAUCAGUCACGUGAUAUUCACGUCAUCGUGCAUUUUACGAAAAAUCGUAAAUUAUUAACCAGUUGGUGGCCGGUUUAAGAAAAGAAAUCGAGCAAUACCAUCUUUCUUAUUCAAAUUAAGUAUUUCUGACACCUGACGUUUGGAAUUAUCGUGCAUGACACUUCGAGAAAUUAUGAGAAAACAUCAUUUUAAAUGUCCAAAUUUAAUCUUUAAUUAUUAAAAACUUGAAUUUUGAACUUUGCACACAUUCAUUCCAAAGGUAGCAAGUUAGGCAUGUUUAUCCUCUUUCAAAGUAAAUUCCCCACCAAUUCGCCAAUUUCCCACCGAUUCCCCACCAACUGGCCAAUUUCCAUAUUUAGAAGUUGAGACACAACAACACCUCAAGAUUUACUUUCGGGGAAAACUUAUUUUGUUCUAGGUCUCCUAGCGAGAGAUAUUGCCAAUCAUUCAUUCGAACACGCCUUUGACCCACGCCUUAAACCCCUUGAGUGAAAGAUUGACUAGUUGAGAAGCCUUUUCAGAUUAACCUCUGGUUGAAAUGUUUGACAUCCAGGGAGACAAUUAACUGUCUCUCGCUACAGUGCGAAAGUUCGCUGACAAUUUAAUACUGUCACCUUAUUACAGCAAGAACUUACACCAUGACUUAAAUUGACGGCCUUUUGUAGUUUCUCUGGUGCCAAAAUGAGACAGAUAAAGAUGCGAGUGUGUCAAUAAAUUGUCCUUACAGCCACAGUUAGCUCCUUCCAUUUUGAGCAAAAACAGCAACAAAGACAACAACAAAUUUUGGGAGAACUCAUGCCUUGUAAUAAAGUAUUGUAACAGCUGGUCACUUUCUCCUUUUUAGGGGGUUCUCCAUAUCCACGAGUGGAUGGCAGGAAGAUUGUAAGCUUACUUCAGGACGGAUACAGGAUGCCUAAACCCCAACAUGUUGAUGAUGAACUGUAAGUAAUUCUGUGUCCGCUUCAUGGCAUUCGGAACGUUUUAUUACUAUACUGAGAACCUCUCUGACUCUCCAUACCAUAAAUAUUUAAUAGGAUCCUUAAGGAUCGUGCGAGGUUUUCACCAGAGAUGAUUUUGGAAGUCGAAACGCCAGAAUGCACAGGUCACAAUUUCCACGUCACAGUUGUGGGUACUGGUCGCGUUCCGCAGAUAAAGAACAGUCCAAGAGUAUUGUCCAUCUUCGAGAGAAAAUGUAAUGAUGAACAUCAAAUCAAACUCCCGAAAAUGUUGGACUUAAAGUUAACUGCAAACUCUUAUUGGAAAUAGCGCCUAUUCAGCUCUACCUUAGGCGCUUUACACCACAUUCCAAACAAUAAGUAAAUAUUUCACUUUUCAAACAAAUAAAUAAAGAAUUAAAUAGUAAAUAUAUGAAAGUUGACAUAAAAAUGGCCUUAUUAACCACGAUACGCUUUUCUAAAAAAAAGAUGGCUUAAGGUCAGAUUUGAAAGUACUUAUUAUCAAUAGUCACACGAACGGAUGUUGUCUGCUAGACUGUUCCACAGGUCAAUAGCAGCAACAGCGAAUGGCUUCGCACCUAGUCUCGCUUUGCAUCAGACCAUUAAGAUAACUCGCAAAUGAACUAUAUAUAGGGAUGGACCGAGAGAAUUGUUGCUCAACAUACCAUGCAUAAUUUUUGUGUUGUGACAGGUACAAAAUAAUGCAACUGUGCUGGCUGGAAGACCCUAACGCAAGACCUUCUUUUUCUGAACUGACAAUAAAGCUGAAAAAGAUGGAAAACCAACAUAAGGUACGAUUUAAACAAGAAAGGCCUCGGACAAUUUUGAGUCUCCCUUAGUUGUCCUCCUUCACAUUUUUUUACCUUCAUUAGAAAGUCUGGAGCUGCAAACCUUGGGUAGCCUUAUAGAUUCUGCCUUCAAAACGUUCUCGUUAUGCUUCGUUGGCAGUCAACUACGACCUCUCGCCAUGCCUGUUUCUUAUAACUAAUAAAAGUGAAGAAAUAGAAUUGUUAACUGGAUUGUUUUGUUGUCAGUUACGCGAACAAGCUGAUUGUCAGAAAUCAAUGAUUCGCCUGCGUAAUUGUGAAAAGUUUUGUCUUAAAGCUAAGAGAAAUAGUCCAACCAAUCUACAGCAUUCGCUUCUAAUAAGAUUACUUAGGUUUGAAAUAACCUUCAACGCAGACGUUUUCUUUUUUUUCCUUUUGGCGGUUCACGUAAACAAUUCCUUCUCACUGGGCCAAAGAGACGUCUGCGCAGCAGGCUCUUGAUAUGGCUUGUUGAAUUAUAAUAUAUGUUUUUUCUUUUUUAUUUACAGGGGCUAAUAAACAUGAAACUGUAUGAUAAUCAGCUAUAUGUAAACCUUGAAGACUUGACCGUAUAA